AUGAACCACUUUCUUUUCACCCACCUAACCACUCUGAUCCGCACACUGCCAAACCAACACAUCCCCACCCUACUCUCCCUGCUCCGUUCUCAGAGACUCACUUCCGCCCAGAAAUCGGCGCUAAACGCCUCAAUUCUCAAACAAUGCGUGCAUCUACGACUUGCACGAAAGAAAAGGGUGAAGGAUGCGCUGCUCAUACUUAAUACGAACAAAGACGUGUUUUUGAAGGUUUGUGUGCUUGUUAAGAUCUAUUUUAUGGUUAGGGAUAGGCGGUUCUUGGUGUGUGCGGGGGUGCUGGGCAGGAAGUAUGGGAUGCGGAGAGUUGUGAGGAUUAUAAAGAAAAUAUGGAUUAAUGAAAGGAACGGGAAUUGA